AAGGAGCGAGUCCACCCUCAGCUGCAUCUCCAUCCGGGUGGUGGCGAAGAAUGGGGACUCUCUCCCCGAUCCGCAUUUGAGGAUAAGCAUGGGGCAGGCUCUUCCAGAGGAGGACAAGUGGGAUCCCGCUCAGAAGAGAGUCCUGGCAGGCGCACCUCAGCUUUCGGGGACCUCGAACCCCGUUCUGGUCCAAACUGAAGAUGUGCAGCGACCGCUUUUUAUUGAAGGUGGGAUUUUUCUUGCUACAAUUGCUGCUGCAGGGAUGCUAGGAGGUUUUGGUACAACACUCGCCAUGGCUAAAAAGAAGAACCCCAAUUGGUUCAAUAAGGGUGUCACUGCCACAGCUGCUCUGCCAGAGAGUGGUGCAUCUCUUGCAUUACGUGCCUUAGGAUGGGGCUCACUUUAUGCCUGGUGUGGAGUGGGCCUGAUCAGUUUUGCUGUUUGGAAAGCUUUGGGUGUUCACAGUAUGACUGAAUUUCGGAGCAAAAUUCAAUCACUGUUUCCAUCAAUUCCUAAAAAUGCAGCACAUCCUGUCCAAUGGGAAGACAUCAUGAAAUCCAAGUGAAUAUGGAUGGACUUUGACUCAACCUUGGAACAGUGACGGAAGUCAAGUAUAUGUGGAAACAUCCCACUCCCAAGAAUAGUCAGGAUGUAAGAGAAGAUACAUAAUCACAACGUGUCUUUAGUUUCCCAGGCAAGAAUAAAAAGGGUAAAAUUGUGGUUGUUACCUCAGGUGGUAGUAGCAGCUAUAAUAAAAGUGGAUUGACUUAAAAUGUGGAUGAGGACUUGUAUGAAGGAGGGAGCUCAUCAUGUUUCUGUAAAACAAAGAGGCAGAUCUCAGUGAUAAGCAUUAAUAUAGUAAUUGUCACUAAUUAUGUUUUGGAGGAGAGUGUAAAUCAGACUUUCAAGCUGCCACUCACUAGUUCACCUAGGGUAACUGCACAUCCUGUUCUCUCCAAUGCAGUGCUGUAAACCGUGUUGAAAAGGUGACUACAAAUGCUGCAAUAGAACAAACAUCUCAAAAGCCUACUAGUUUAGCACUGGUUAGCAAAAACCAUCAUAAUUAAAAGACUCAUCCACUGUAACAAGAGAUGCAAACGAUAGCUUUGACGGGCACAGUUCCUUUCUGACUAGCCUGUUGGCCAAAAAAAAACGAGCAGGAUGCUCAUGGAUGGAUUUUUUAUACUUUAUCUAAGGUCUUUGGUGGAACAUAGCUCAAGGGAGCACCUUUCCUCAUUCUAUUAAUUGAAUCCUUCCAUCAUCAGAAGCAAGCUAGUUGGACUCCACUCUGUAUAUCAUCCUAGGCUAUUUAUUUUGAUUUAUUCAGGAAGGCUAUAUACUAUGUUCCUGUUUUAAAGGAACGAACUCAGAGCAAUAUUUCAUGGAAAUGCAAUGAAGAUAUGGGUUGUUUCUCUUUUCAUGAAGAGCUUUUUUAAAAGAGUCCCGAAUAAGUAUAUGGAUGAAUUUUAGCUAAGAGAAAAUAUGAGUCAACACCAUGGAUAUCUGAAAACUACAUCUAAAAAUGCUGUUUUAAAUUUAUGCCAUUUAAAUAUUGCCAUCUGGGGAAAAAUCAUUUUAGCAGUUAAAAUUUAUUUGACAGAAGGGUUUUUGUUUUGUUUUUGUGGAUGUUUCCUCCCCGUUUUUACUUCAGUUAAUAGUCUUAAGCAUUUAAAAGCUAAUUCAAUACCUUAUGUAGAGCACCACUGGAAUGUUCCCAGCUAUGAAAGAAUGGGAAAUGAUAAUAAGUUUCAACUUUGCUUCCUUUGCUGUCAUUAUGAGAAAUUAAUUUGUCUCCUGGAACAUUAAGAAGUGUAAACACCUUAUUAACCAAGGAGAUGUUUUUCACCCACAAAAAAGAAACAAACUCGUGAUCUCGGAAGCAAUCGAUUUCAUAGUUUUUGAUAAUUAAAGCAAGUUGUUUUCCUGGUCAUGUCUAUCUAAUAAUACUACAAGAGAUUCAGCAAUAUUAAGUAUGUUGGAACCAUUUUCAUUCCUGAAGAGCUUUUGUGAAUCAAGCAGAAGAAAAUAAACACCAAGCAAAA